CGGCGGAGCGGGCGGCCGCGGGCGCCGCCGCCUCCUCCUCCAUGGCUGUUUACCCGGCUGCAUUGUGGGAGUUUGACCUCCGCCGCCGCCAACCGCCGCCUCAGCUUGCGCCGCCGCCGCCGCCGCGCACGCCAUGGGAGCCGUGACUGACGGAUAACUAGAUGUAGUUGGAUUGGUAUGCCAGGUGGAGAACUACUUGUGCAAAGGCCACAAAGCAUUGGAAGAACUCAAAGAUGAUAACGACUGUUGAUACUGUGAGGAAGACAAAUAAUACACGUCAGGAAAUUCAAGAAGAAAUGCACCAAGCGACAAGUGAAAACCUUCCCCUCUUCACCUUCCACUGCUAAUCCCACUCCCCAGAGUUUGGAUCCAGAGUGUUUAGGAACACCAAGAAAAAGCCAGUGGUGUGUUUGUGUGCCUGCAGAAUUUCUUGCUAAACUGCCUUCAGAAAGGAAAUGCUGAUCCUCACUGUUAGAUCACAGAAUUGCUAUUUCUUGAAAGCAGACGAAGUCAUACGGAAGCGUCUCCUAAUUGAUGGAGAUGGCGCUGGAGAUGAUCGGAGAAUUAAUCUGCUAGUGAAAAGUUUCAUUAAAUGGUGCAACUCUGGAUCCCAGGAAGAGGGCUACAGCCAGUACCAACGUAUGCUGAGCACACUGUCCCAAUGUGAAUUUUCAAUGGGCAAAACUUUGCUGGUGUAUGAUAUGAAUCUCAGAGAAAUGGAAAAUUAUGAAAAAAUUUACAAAGAAAUAGAAUGUAGCAUUGCUGGAGCACAUGAAAAAAUUGCUGAGUGCAAAAAGCAAAUUCUUCAAGCAAAACGAAUACGAAAAAAUCGCCAAGAAUAUGAUGCAUUGGCAAAAGUGAUCCAGCGUCAUCCAGACAGGCAUGAGACAUUAAAGGAACUAGAGGCUCUGGGAAAAGAAUUAGAGCACCUUUCACAUAUUAAAGAAAGUGUUGAAGAUAAGCUAGAAUUGAGAAGGAAACAGUUUCAUGUUCUUCUUAGUACCAUCCAUGAACUUCAGCAAACACUGGAAAAUGAUGAAAAGCUCUCAGAGGUAGAAGAAGCUCAAGAAACAAGCAUGGAAACUGAUCCUAAACCAUAGACCAACUAAUCACUCACCAUUCCCAAGAAUAUUGAAGUAGCAACAUGAUCUUAGUGUGUUCAGAAUUUGUUGUGCUCUUGAGACAUUUAAAGUUUUGGCAGUGAACUACCUUGCUUUUAAAUUUUAAUGCACAGUUCAUUCAUAUUUCUUCACACAAAGGGAGAUGACUUCAUUAUAUAUUUGUUUUUAUUGAAAUGCCUUUUUUAUACUUAAAAGAUAGGAAGCAACAUCCAAAAAUGUUUAAUGAAAUAUUUUCAAGCCAGAUAUGUUAGUGCUCAUUGGUAUUCUAGGUAGUUUUUAACUGGUAACAUUGAUUUGCUCACAAAAUAAGUGGAAGAUAGUGAGAAGGUGGCAUUUCUAGGAUGUACCUGAGAAAAUUAGUCAAUUUCUGGAAAUCGUUACCACUUUUGAAAAUGAAGUCCAUGAAUAGGCUCUCAGGAGGGCUGUGAACUUAUGAAAUUAUGUACAAAAUGUUUGUGGUGUAUGCUUAUUGUGGGAGAGGUUCCAUGAUAUUAAGAAUCACUGAUAUCAGAGGUAAUUACAAGAUGCAAAGUAAAUCAAUAUGCAUUACUUUCUAGAUCUCUGUCCUUAAUACUUGAGCAAUGUGGUUGUUAAAUGUUUUGUUGAAAUGUUUUCUCUCUAUCGUUUUGUUCUGUAGGAGUCAUUUUCAAGAGUCUUGCAAAAAGGAUUUCAUGAUCUUUUUAAAAAAUUAAGCCAGGUCUGAAUCACUUAUAAUUGUCUUACGUAUUGAAUUACAUGUCUAAUACUUAUUAGGGUCUAUCCUUAUCCAUUUAUUUUAGUUCAGAAACAUGGCAUUUUGCAUGAAUCAUACCUUAAUAAUGCUACAUUUUUGUAAUUUUGAUACAAACUCGUAUCUUUAAAAAUGAAAGUUUAAAGUUAGCUCAAUAGUAGUCACAGUGAAAGUGUCAAAAUACUUUUAAGUGCUUCCUCUAAUUUCAUCUGGCAAAUUUCAUGGGAGAAAUUUCUUUGCAGAAAUGCUAUAACCUGAUAAAUAUUUCUAUUUUCCAUUAUUAGAAAGAAUUAUGAAGCAAAAAUUUGCUUAUAUUGACUCAGAAUUAAAAAUCAAUUUUUCCAAAAGGAUAUUUUUUUAAGGACUGUUGGGCAGAAUAUUUUUACCACCGACCCCACCCCCCUUAACCCCCCGCUGCCACCACUGAUUAAGAGAAACUUAUUCAGGAUUAUGUACCAAAAGAUAAGAACUCCUAUGAACAUAACUUUUGUGCAGUCAGAAACAAAAUCAGAAGCAGCACCAAGUACAUGGGAAACACACGUUUUUCAAUUUAUACUUCCUCAUGGUUCUCUUGGAUAUCCUCUGGAACUGCUUGGAAGACUGAAGGAUUUCAUCCCCUAGAAACUCACACUGUUGAAGCUCAGCGUGUCUUUGGGCCAAUAGCUUCAUGGAUUUAUCUGUCACUGUUUCUAUGAGGUCAUCCACCUAUGACAGCCAGAUACAAAGAAAUGAAACCAUGUGCUAGAAAGCCUUGUCCACAUCCAAAGGAGGCCUGUUUUUCCUGAGAGAUAAGUUCAGGAAUUGUUGGACGUUUACAAGUCCCAAAGUAUUAAUCUAAUUCAAGUCAUAGCAAACAGAGCUUGAAAACAUACAUUUACCACCCAGUGGUAAAGAGGAUCUCAUUUCUUCUCAAAAGAAGCCCAUGUGUGUGCCUUCAUUUUAAUUGAAUUCACUUAAUAUUUAUUAGGCACACAGCACCAUCCUCGGUGCCCUCAGCAAUCCUGUAGCCACUCUUGAAUGCCCCCCACUAACAUGAUUCCUUCAUGCUAAUCAUUAGUUUCAUCCCACAUCCACGCUGUCUAGCAGGGCUGUGCAUUCAGUUAAGCCUGGCCCUCUGAUGCUUUUGAAACACCAAAGUAAAAGCCUUUGUCCACUACCUGCAUUUGAAGCUUUCCUACUGUCAAAUCUGAUUUUCGGAGGAUGUUUUCCGUGCUAUGUUUCUUUUUUUUAAAUGCUGGAAAGUGUGAUCUCUUUUUUGAGGAAUACGGAACCUAUCAUAAAAAUGCAAAAAUACAUCAGAUUAAGAAGUGCCAA